GUUCGACUUUACCCAUGCAAUCGACUUGCACCUUUUAAUCAGCCUCUUUCGAUUGGCUCAUAAAGCAUUAAAAGAAAGCUCCUAGCACCACGACGGUGGUACAGGACGUAGGAAUAGAUAGGAAGACAUACAUCCGGAGGCCUUUGUUUUUGGCUUUAGAACUAUACAAGUUACCUACGUCCUGUACCACCGCAAACAGCUAUGUCCAGUAUUUACCGCAGCUGCUAUGCGAAGCAUUGGGAUCUAGCCUGUUUAACCGACCGCAAUUUCAACGAUGACUGGACUCGCUCCUUUGUGGAUCUGAAAAGAAAGCUCGGUGCAGCCGGCGAGGGGAUUGAGCUCUUUUUGGAGGAUGUUCAAGGCUUUGGUCUUGAUGACAAGUUCGAGGAGCUGAAGGCCUUGGCUGCAACAGUGUCUUUGGACGAUUUGCAACAAGGAGUAGGACCUGCAGGCCAACGCCCUAGCGCCUGGCUUGAUGAGAGAAGUCUUACGUCUGGAACGAGGGAGCACAAAAAUCCUUUGACUGCGACCCGACUUUACAAUCAUCUGAAAAUACCUCGUAUUGGGAGUAAAUUUGCACCGGAUGUCCAGAGACGUUUAGUAUACAUUAAAAACCUGGAUGCCGCGUAUAUGCUUGCUCUGGCAGAAACAGUCGCAAACCACGAAGUGCUGUUGUUGAGAGAUGCUCUAUGGAAGCACUUCGACCGUCAGACGUGGCUCAAUGUCAAUUUUCCUACCAACACCUACAGCAUAUUCCAACUGGAGUUCCAUCUGAACUACUUCACUUUCGGAACAGCGCCAGCAGAUAAUGAAGCCGACCACAGAGCUGCGGCCAGCAACCCGAAAUGGACCGACCUGUCGUUCUUGGAAAUAGAAACUCCGAAGGCACCAGAAGGGAGGAAGCACGGCAUAUUCGAAGCGCAUUUCACGCUGGUCAUAUGUGGUACUCACGAAGGUCAAUGGGAUGCAUAUGCUUUUGACGACAAUGAGUUCGAAGGGGAGGAUUUGUACGAGAAGCUUUCAGCCUGCGAGGCCUUUCACCCAGACCCAAUUGCAUCUUGCCUCCUGUCAGACAAUGAUACAGACGCCGAUCUCCCAAUUUGGAACCCACGGGAAUACUUUCUCAAAGUUGUGGCAAACAGAACUGCUGCGGCGUCCGAGGCAUGGGAUUCCUUGAUAAGAGCAACUGAGCGCAGCAUCAGGAAGCACGUAAGUUGAUAAUCUCAUGAUCCUUAAUCUUCUUUUUCGACAACUUUCGUAACUAACAGCUGCGAUAGAGAUCUCAACACCCCUCAACGUUGUCACAACAUGAUGGAAAGAAAAGAGAUCGCAGCGAGACUGCCAAAACUUUCGACUGGACGCGGCAAACCAAAGAGCACGUCGACCGACUACGAACAGAUCUCUCGGAAACAAUCAAGUAUUGGAAGGAUUUCAAUGAUCUCAAC